AUGUGGGUGUAUGAGAAAGUGGCUGCUUCCUAUGAGGAUUGGCUCAUCGACGAGAUCCUGAGGAAAGAGAAAAUGCACCACAGUUGUCUCACCAACCCAAAUGAAGUGCGGCGAAAGCAGGAUUGGGAGUACCUGCGUUCUAUUGAGAGAGAGUGGUGGUACGGCCGUACCAUUUUGAAAAAUGCUGUGAAGAGUUGUGGGAAAUACAAUCCCACCAAAUAUUUCUCCUUGGAGGUCUAUGAGGGAGAUGGCCAAUGGGUGGACAAACCCCAUCCCAAAUACUACAUUCCCUAUGAAGACACCAAGGCCAGGUUUCUUCACAUGAUUUGA